ACGGCCACACCGGUAGAAAAGACUGAAAAUGCAUUUGAAGAGAAGAAGAUGGACACUGAGGCCAGCGACCUACUGAACGACCUGCAGGUGAAGCUGAGCAACGUGCUGGACGAGCUCAGCAGUACAUUUGGGAACAGCUUCCAGGGCCGUAUCACCGACUGCAUGCGACAGAUGGCGUCUCUGCUGUACCAGAUUAAAGGGCCGCUCAACGCCAACAACAAAAACCAGGUGGAGGGCGACUCCGACAACAUGCUGAGGCCACUCAUGGACUUCCUGGAUGGAAGGCUGACACUUUUCGCCACCGUUUGUGAGAAGACCAUCCUGAAACGUGUGCUGAAGGAGCUUUGGAGGAUCGUGAUGAGCAGCCUGGAGAAGACCAUCGUUUUGCCGCAGGGCAGCGACACCUUUGGAGCGCAGAUCCUCUCAGCUGCCAAAGAGCUCGGUCAGCUCUCCAAACUCAAGGAUCACAUGGCGGGCGAGGCUAAGAGCUUGUCUCCCAGGCAGUGUGCUGUCAUGGACGUGGCACUGGACACUAUCAAGCAAUACUUCCACGCGGGCGGCAACGGGCUGAAGAAGGCGUUUCUGGAGAAGAGCCCUGAGCUGUCCUCGCUCCGCCACGCGCUGUCGCUCUACACUCAGACAACAGACACGCUCAUCAAGACCUUUGUCACCUCCCAGCACGCACAAGUGCACAAUGGGAAGGGUAUUAGGUUAACACCCAAUGAAAAAAUUCAGCCCAGCAGGGGUUCAGGCGUGGACAAGCCGAUUGGCGAGGUGUCUGUCCAGGUUGAGUUGUACACUCAUCCCGGGAAUGGCGAGCGAAAGGUCACCGUCAAAGUCAUGGGAGCCAGCGAUUUAAAAUGGCAGACGUCUGGCAUGUUCCGACCCUUCGUGGAGACCACCAUGAUCGGGCCUCACCUCAGCGACAAGAAACGCAAGUUCCAGACCAAGUCCAAGAACAACAGCUGGUCUCCAAAGUUCAACGAGACCUUCCACUUUGCUCUGGGCAACCAGGACAACUUCGAGUGCUACGAGCUGCAGGUCUGCGUCAAAGAUUACUGCUUCGGCCGCGCCGACCGAGUGGUGGGCUUGGCCGUCAUACAGCUGAGGGACAUCAUGGAAAAGGGCAACUGCGCCUGCUGGUGUCCGCUGGGCCAGCGCAUCCACAUGGACGACACCGGCCUCACCGCCAUGCGGAUCCUCUCCCAGCGCUCCAACGACGACGUGGCCAAGGAGUUUGUGAGGCUGAAGUCGGAAACGCGAUCGGCCGAGGAGGGCAGAUGAGAGGAGGAGGGCUGGAGACGGAGAGAGAGAAAGGAAGGAGGGCCACCGAAUUUCAGAAUAAGAGACACAUCCAGGGAAUCAUCUUCCUGCAUCCGACCACACGGACACUUGUUCGUGUCUGAGCUGCUGACGCCUCGCUCGCUCGCUCGCUCGCACUCGGACAAACGCUCUCAAACAUUAAUGACAGAGCUCCACCACACAGACACAAGCUCACUCAACCUUUCUCACUCACCAGCUGUUCCACCAGGAAGUGACCACCCACCCGGUCACUCUCUUUUUAACCCCCCACCCUUCCCCCGUCCUACAACGCUGCAGUGGCACAGUGCGCACGCCACGGCCUCAAGGGAACAGAGGACGCCGGCCAGGC